AUGUCUUCUUCAAGACCAAGAUUAUUAUCAAUCAAAUUUUUUAUCCAAGAACCAGGAAAUACUGAUAAUACAGUAUAUCGAUGGAUGGCACCAGUUGCAGCAAGACAUUUAGAUUGGGAUAAGGUGAUUAAAAAGCUGCAUGGUGUAACGCAUAAAAAAUUUGGUGGUUUUGAAAUGACAUGGUUUGAUGGUUUUCAUCACUGUGUCCUAACAAACACCCAAGAUUUACGUAAAGCUGUUGAACUCAUGCAAAUACGCGGGAUGGAUGAUAAUUGUGUACAUAUUCAUGUCAAAGCAUUGCCAACAGUGUAUCAACCAGAAAGGCAUGCAAAAAAAUCAAAUCAAGAUCCGCAAUUUUUAGGUGAAUAUCUACCGUGUUAUUUGGAAGCAAUUAGUCAACAGUCAUCAAAUCGUCACAAGUCAAGUCUACAGAGAAAGAAGGCAUCACAGCAAAACUCUUCUGUAAUAAGAGAUGACAGUCCUUAG